AUGUCGUGGCUCCGCAACGCGGUGCACCGCGCCGUCGAGGCGGGCGGCGGCGGCAUCUCCCUCACCACCCGCACCGUCCGCACCUCCCUCGGCACCGUCGUCCACCACGCCGGCCAGGCCGUCGUCGGCGGCGCCAGGCUCAUCAACGGAAUCGGAUCGAAUCGCUACUACAAGAGCUUGAAGCAGACCGCCAAGAGGCUGGAGGAGGCGGCGCUCUCCUACAGAGGGGAGGAGCGGGUGCAGCUGCUGCGCCGGUGGGUCGUCGGCCUCAAGGAGACCGAGCGCGCCGCCUCGUCCAUGCGGGAGCCGCAGCGUGUCGACGACCCCAAUCAACCCGCGCCCGUCUUGGAUCUGUAUGUGGACUACGAGACCGGGGGCGCCGACCCCAUGAACUUUUUCCAUGUCUUCCUCUACAGCCAAGCGCUCGAGUGCGUUGUUCUGUCCAUGAUCAUGGAAGCUCCUACCGAGGAAGAAGUUUCACUGCUCUCAGAAAUUUUCGGAAUGUGUCUGAACGGGGGGAAGGAUGUGCACAACGCAAUCCUCAGCAGCAUAGGUGACUUGGCGAUGUUAUUUUCAAGCUACAAAGACGAAGUAUUGGCAAAACGUGACGAGCUGCUUCAGUUUGCUCAAUGUGCCAUCUCAGGGAUAAAAAUAAAUGCUGAAGUUGCAAGAUUAGAUACGGAAAUCAUGGAGCUGCAACAAGAGAUAAAUGCAAUUGAUGCUGUGCGAGCCAAUUCGGCCAGGAACCGCAAUAAAACAUCUCCAACGGUCCCUGAGGACUUCAAAACUGCAGUUGCUGAAGUUCGUCUAUGCUCCAGAAUGGAAGACCUUGUAUUAAAGAAGAAGUCGAUACAUCCAGGCGACUCAUUGGAGACUCAUUUUCAGAAGGUCGAUAAGCUGAAGGUUUUGUCAGAAUCCCUUGCAAAUUCUUCUGCGAAAGCGGAAAAACGAAUAAUGGAGAAUAGACUACAGAAGGAAGAAUCCCUUAUCUUCAGAGUCACUAAAACAACUGAAGUUAGUACAGCUGAAAAGGAAUUAGAGAAUGAGAUCUCUGGACUCCAGAAGGAAAAGGAUCAACUUGAGGCAGAAUUAAACAAAGUAAAUACUAAACUGAAUGCAACUGCCCUGAAGCUGAAAAAAACUAGAGAGGAGAGAGAACAAUUCGAUGAAGCCAGCAAUCAGAUAGUGCUACACUUGAAAGCAAAGGAAGAUGAACUGUCAAGAUCUGUUGCUUCCUCCAAAGUAGAAGCAAGCACUGUUCGUGCUUGGAUCAACUUUUUAGAAGAUACAUGGAAGUUGCAGUCAUUAUAUGAAGAAAUAAAGGAGAAGCAGGCCAAUGAUGAACUGGAUAGAUGUGGAGUCUGCUUUGUUAACUCGAUUAAGCAUCAUGUUUCUGCAUGCGUGGAAGAGCUGAGCACUUCUAUAGAUCGUAUAAAGACCUUUGUUGAUAACUUGAAAAUUUUCAGUGACAGAUCAGUAUCGGUGGAUGGUGGAGAUAACGGCCCGUCGAAGCAAUCAAACCCACAGAAAUACCUCGAGGAAGGAUAUUUGGAAACUGAGAAAAAGGUUGUAGCGGCAUUCAGUUUAGCUGAUAAUAUCAGAACAUUAACAUUUUCCAAUCCAGAGCGUAGGGCCAGGGAUAACCCUGAGGUGAAAGACCUGUUCGCCACCAUCGACAAGCUGCGAGUCGAAUUCCAAUCGGUUCCACGUCCCGUGCUACAAAUCGAGAUCAAAGAAAAAGAAGAGAGAUCAAGACGGCUUGGAUCUCUCUCCUUCAAGAGCAGCGCCGGCACGCCUGGCCAUUCAAGAACGGAGUCCCCGAUCGCUGCCCAGCUCAGGACGCGGCUGCCGUCGGAGUCGGACUCGGAGCCGGGGAAGCUGGACCAAGAUUUCAAGGAAUACGAGGCUGACGACAUCGGUGGAUGGGAGUUUGACGAGCUUGAAGACGAGCUAAGAACCGGCGUCCAGUAA